UGCGAGCGAGAGUUAAUCCUCGUAUGCCGGAUGCUCGAGUCCCGUGGGCGAUGCGUGCCAGGUUUGCUUCAAAGGUGCUAAGCAUGGAUGCUGAAGAUGACCCCUUGUUGCAAGACGCGUGGCUGAACGAAGACGAGGAGGGGUCCUUCGGCCCCUGCAGGCGCGCCGACGGCCCCUGGCUCUGUGGGAAAUGCUGGCAGAAUUCCCGGCCACGGGUGCCCACCACUCCCGCUUUGAUGCCCGGCUUCUGGCAGGUCGUGGGGUGGACCUUCACCAACCCCUACUCAGCCGGCCUCAUCCUCUUCUUGGGCUGCACCAUUCCGGCCACCCUGGCCAUUGUGAUGUUCUUGCACUACCCAGCUCUGGACAUCGACAUUUCCUACAACGCCUUCGAGAUCCGGAACCACGAGUCCUCCCAGCGCUUCGACGCCCUGGCCCUGGCCCUCAAGUCCCAGUUUGGCUCCUGGGGCCGCAGCCGCCGGGACCUGGCGGACUUCAACUCGGAGAUCCUGCAGCGACUGAUCUUCGAGCAGCUGCAGCAGCUGCGCCGUAACGCCUCGCAGUCGGCCCGGCGGCAGCGCCGAGCCGCCGGCUGGGACAGGACCGGCCCUUCUCCUCUGGCCCCACCAAGCCUGGCCAACCAGAGCUCCCACCCGCUGCGGGGCACCCUUCCCCGCUGGGAGUACUCCAGCACCGUGGUGAGCGCCAACACUCAGACCCACGUGCACUGGCGCAUCGAGCUCAUUUUCCUGGCCCGGGGAGACGCGGAGAACAACAUCUUCACCUCCGAGCGCCUGGUCACCAUCCAUGAGAUCGAGCGCAAAAUUAUGGACCACCCGCACUUCCGGGAGUUUUGCUGGAAGCCACACGAGGUCCUCAAGGACCUGCCCUUGGGCUCCUAUUCCCACUGCUCCCCUCCGAGCUCGCUCAUGACCUAUUUCUUCCCCACUGAGAGGGGCGGGAAAAUUUACUAUGACGGGCUCGGGCAGGACCUGGCUGACAUCCGAGGCUCGUUAGAGCUGGCCAUGACGCACCCGGAGUUCUACUGGUACGUGGACGAGGCUUUGUCCGCAGAAAAUAUGAAGAGUUCCCUGCUGCGCAGCGAGAUCCUCUUUGGGGCCCCGCUGCCCAGUUACUACUCGGUGGAGGACCGGUGGGAGGAGCAGCACCAGAAGUUCCAGCGCUUCGUGGUGACCUAUGUGACUCUGCUGGCCAAGCAGUCCACCAGCAAAGUCCAAGUGCUCUACGGUGGGACAGACCUCUUUGAUUAUGAAGUGCGGAAGACCUUCAACAAUGACAUGCUGCUGGCGUUCAUCAGCAGCAGCUGCAUCGCCGUGCUGGUUUACCUCUUGGCGUCUUGCUCAGUUUUUCUGUCGUUCUUUGGGAUCGCCAGCAUCGGGCUCAGCUGCCUCAUGGCCCUCUUCCUGUAUCACGUGGUGUUCGGCAUCCAGUACCUAGGAAUCUUGAACGGGGUGGCAGCGUUCGUCAUUGUGGGGAUCGGGGUGGACGACGUCUUCGUGUUCAUCAACACCUACCGGCAGGCCACCCACUUGAAAGACCUGAACCUGCGGAUGAUUCACACCGUCCAGACUGCCGGCAAAGCAACCUUCUUCACCUCCGUGACCACGGCUGCAGCGUAUGCGGCCAAUGUUUUCUCGCAGAUCCCUGCCGUCCACGACUUCGGCCUCUUCAUGUCUCUGAUCGUCUCCUGCUGCUGGGUGGCCGUCCUCUUCACCAUGCCCGCGGCGCUUGGAAUAUGGUCUCUCUACCUGUCACCUCUGGAAAACGCUUGCCAGGCCAGCUGCAGCCAGAAGUGCGCGAAGGAGAACACCCUGCACAUGUCGGACGCCGUCUUCGUCGCGGAGGAAGCCGGUUUGCCAUGCGCACAGUCUCUCCCGUACCUGGAUGAUGAUAUUCCCCUCCUGAAUGUCGAAGAGGAACCAGUCGCUCUGGAAAUGGGGGACGUCCCCUUGGUGUCUGUGCUGCCCGAGAACCCCCAGUGCCUGGCCAGGAAGGACAGCCAGGGGCACCUGAUCGCUCGCCUCCAGGAGCUGCUCCAGUCCUGGGCACUGUGGUCAGCAGUGAAAAGCAAGUGGGUGAUCGUCGGGCUCUUUGUAUCAGUUCUCAGCCUGUCGAUCUUCUUUGCCAGCCGCCUUCGCCCGGCAAGUCGCGCUCCCCUCCUGUUCCGGCCCGACACCAACAUUCAGGUGCUGCUGGACCUCAAGUACAACCUGAGUGCGGAAGGGCUCUCUUGCGUCACCUGCUCAGGCUUGUUUCAGGAGAAACCCCACAAUCUUCAGAAUAACAUCCGCACCUCUUUGGAGAAGAAGAAAUGGGGACUGGGAUCGGCGUGGAGCAGUCGGGCGAGUGCCCCGGGCGACGGAGGGGUGGUGCAGGACCCGCAGGGAACAGUGUACAUCUUCCGCUCGAAAGGCAAAGGCAAGCCAGUGGUCUAUAGGUUCUCGCUCAAUGCCAGCGUCCCAGCACCGUGGCAGAUGGUAUCUGCAGCAGAUGGGGAGGUCCCUUCUUUUCAGGUGUAUAGACUUCCUUACGGUAACUUCACCAAGAGGCUGACAGCUUGUAUGUCCACAGUAGGGCAUGUCCAACAGACGGGCCCCAAGAAGUGGAUGAUGACCACUCUGUCCUGUGAUUCCAAAAGAGGGUGGAAAUUUGACUUCAGUUUCUAUGUGGCUGCGAAGGAACAGCUGCGCACACGGAAAUUAUAUUUCGCCCAGUCGCACAAGCCCCCUUUCCACGGCCGUGUGUGCCUGGCCCCUCCAGGCUGCCUCCUCAGCUCGAGCCCAGAUGGACCCAACAAAGGCUUCUUGUAUGUGCCGAGUGAGAGAGCCCCUCCCAAAGCCAAGCCUUCAGCCACUUCUGGAUUCAACCCAUGUGGGAACACCAGUUGUGGGAAACCGGCAGUGCGGCCCCUGGUGGACACAGGAGCCAUGGUGUUUGUGGUGUUUGGCAUCCUCGGGGUGAACCGUACCCGGCGAGUGGACAACCACGUCAUUGGAGACCUGGGCAGCGUCGUCUACGAUGACGGAUUCGACCUCUUCGAAGAGAUUGGCAGCUUGUGCCGGAUCUGCAAGAUCAUUGCCAGCAACACAGAGCUGGUCAAACCAGGAGGAGCCCAAUGCCUGCCUUCAGGUUACAGCAUCUCCUCCGUUCUGCAGAUGCUCCACCCGGAGUGUAAGAAUCUGCCCGAGCCAAACCUUCUCCCAGGACAACUUUCCCAUGGUGCAGUGGGGGUGAAGGACAGCAAGGUGCAAUGGCUCUCCAUGGCCUUUGAGUCGACAACCUACAAGGGGAAAUCUUCCUUCCAGACCUACUCGGACUAUCUCAGAUGGGAAACCUUUCUCCAGGAGCAGCUGCAGCAGUUCCCUGAGGGCUCCGCCUUGCGCCGGGGCUUCCAGACGUGUGAGCACUGGAAGCAGAUUUUCAUGGAGAUCAUCGGUGUGCAGAGCGCCCUCUACAGUCUCAUCCUCUCCCUGCUGAUCUGCGUGGCGGCCGUCACCCUCUUCACCACCCACCUCCUCCUCCUCCUCCCGGUGCUGCUCACCAUUUUAGGGGUCGUGUGCCUGGUGGUGACCAUCAUGUACUGGGCUGGUUGGGAGAUGGGAGCAGUAGAGGCGAUCUCGCUCUCGAUCCUCGUUGGUUCUUCAGUUGACUACUGCGUCCACCUCGUGGAAGGAUUCCUUCUGGCGGGGGAGAACCUGCCUCUUCACCUGGCUGAGGACCCGAGCUCCAGCCGCCAGUGGAGGACCCUCGAGGCGGUCCGGCACGUGGGGGUGGCCAUCGUCUCCAGCGCCGUCACCACGGUCAUCGCCACCGUCCCGCUCUUCUUCUGCAUCAUCGCCCCCUUUGCAAAGUUCGGCAAGAUCGUGGCGCUCAACACGGGCGUCUCCAUCCUCUACACCCUGACUGUCAGCACCGCCCUGCUGAGCAUCAUGGGCCCGCCUGCCUUCACCCGGAGCCGGACUUCCUUCCUCAAGGCCCUGGCGGGGGUGCUGGUUGCUGGGCUGCUGGGCCUCUCCAUCGGCCUGGUGCUGCUGAGCAGCGGGUUCAAAAUCCCUCUCCCCAACGGGACCUUCCUAUAGUUCCACCGAUCCCCGGGGUGUCCCGUUUUUGCACUCGUUCCUUCCCUGCUUCCUCUCCCACCAGCUGCAGGAGCCCCGCAACGAGAUGUUCCACAAGCGACUGCCUCACAGCACCAGGGCAUGUCCUGCACUCAGGGGCGUUUGGCCCCCCAUUACAGGCAAAGAGUGAGGUCUCCCCCGCUCCCCCCCCCCCGCUUCACGUGGCCCAUCCAGGCUCCCGGAGAUGUG